UGGAGCGCGAGACGCUAUAGAUCAGAGAGGAAGCCGCGCAAACAGGAGGCUUCAGCAAGACACUCUUACCUGAGUGCAACUUUAUCAUUAACGCUCAUAAAUAUCACAAAAAAACUCUCUUUUCUUCGCCAUGGACUGUCGAAAAGAGGUCUGCGGUCAGCCACAAGAUGAGGACAUCAUGGAUAUUCCACUAGACGACCCUACCGCUAACAAGGCUGCCACUAAGAUCCAGGCCGGCUUCCGGGGUCACAUGACUAGGAAGAAGAUGAAGGAUGACAAACCAAGAGAAGAGAAACAAAGGGAUAAGAAGUAGCGUGAGAGGACAUCCACUGCCGCCCUGACACUUUUCCACACAUCACCGCAAUAACCAGAGGUCGAAGAGAAACUUUCGGUGUAUAAUAUAUACAAGUGUAAACUUAGAAACUAAGCCUGGAUCAGUGACCUUUCACUCCUCCUCUGCUUCUAAUAGAGUUUGGACAGUAGUCUGUGGUGCACGAUAGCCCCUCAGCAUGUUACAUAGCUUCAGUGAUUAACAUUUUGGUAAAGGUACUCUGUUGCUUCUAAUAAGACAAGCAAAAAUGUGAACUGAUUUUUUUUUUUCUUUUUUUCUUUUUUUUUUGGUGCUCCCCCCUCCUCCUGCCUGUAUUCUUACAGUAUAGAAGUAUGCAUUUAUUACAUUGCCUUUUCUAGUGUGGCUUUGUUUCUGCCUGUUUAAUAAAGCAAAAAAUGAUUCGGA